AUGUUAAUCUCCACAACCGAUGAUUCAGUUCAAGGCCCACAAUGGAUGGAAUGUCCGCAGAUCGAAACUGACCUUCCAACUCUAGCGUUCUUCUACCCUUUGAACGAACUGAUUAUCGCGGAGAGGAGGGACGACCUCCACGACCUGAUCGGUCUGUCAGGAGUCGGGUACACCGUCUUCAACAACAAGGGGCAAAAAGUAUUCCUCGCAGUGUUGGAGAAGCAAUACAAAAAGUUCGAUAUCAAAAUCUUCAAUCACUACGGGAACGAGGUCGUCCACGUCCGGAGGCCUUUCCACUUUUGUACGAAGAAGGUGCUGGUGUGUGCUCCCCCGGGGAACCUCGUCGGGUCCAUCAAAGAAAUCCGAACUCGCUGGAAGACUUACGUCGUCAAAAAUCGGUUGGAGAAGGACGUUCUGAAAAUAGUUCCGGCUGGAGUGUUCAACUAUAUGUACAACAUUCAGCUGAUGUAUGGCGGGACCGUGGUGGGGGUGAUCAGGAAGCACUGCGACGUGGCCACACUCCUCGACAUGAAACACUUCGCCAUCUCGUUCCCCAUCGAGCUGGAUGUCCGGGACAAAGCCGUGCUGCUCGGGGCCUGUUUUACGAUCGGCUUUCAAUAUUGA